AUGGGACCACCAAUGCUGUGUAAAAUGUCAAAAACAGCAGCAUAGAACGGAUGAAAGUACUUCUGGUUAUUCAUGAAACUUUUCUUUUAGCAGGUCGCCAUGGGUCAGAUGCCACAGUACAAAGCAUUUACCAUCAGUUACCGACAUCAUGGCCGUCAACUGGUUUAAGUAACUCCAUAUUUCACCUCAUGCCUUUCCCCAGUGGAGCAGUGUGACCACGGGCCAGCGGGGGGAGUGGGAAGGGUGGAAUCGUGCUGAAUCUUCCUGCAGCACGGAACAGCCAAACUUGCCUAGUGUGAGUGCGCCCUAAGCCUUAUUAGAUAACCUCUAACGACAUCUUUACUCUAUUCAUAAUUUUGAACUUGUGUUCAAAAUUACACACUCGUGUGUGCAUAGAUCAAGGCAGUCAGAAAAACAUUGUGUGAAGAGCAACCGCAUAGAGAAAUAAAUAAACAGUGUGAAAACAUUUGUUUUCGAGCUUCUUUUCGAAAAAUGUCUGUAAUUGUACACAUGUUGUUGGGUGGAAGAAAAUACUAACUCAUUGUCCUUGCUAGACAGGGUAACACCAGGGCUGCUCAGUUCUUUCUCAUUCAAGGUACAGCCUACGUCUUCAUUGUGGCUUUUACGUUGAUUGUGUUAGUCGUCAAAUGCGCUGUGACAUCACAUGUUUGAGCCAUAAGGCUCCCAUUGCUCCUGCAUUUGGAGGGACGGACUGAGACUGAGAAUCGCCAAAUCACUAACAAAGCACACUCUGUCACCCUUCGGAGAGAGAGCGAGAUAUCAAUUCGUCCGACUGGACAACAUGGGACAAGUCCAAGACAAACUGGAAGGGGUUGAAGGAUUAGAAGAAGCAUUGCCUGGAGCUGAAGGCCUGCCUACAGAGGCUGGCGGUGCGGUGGGAGGAAGAGGAGGCACGAGGGAGAAGGAGGUUUGCAGCACAAGACAAUAUUCAGGUAGAGCCAGCCUCCGGGGUUCGGACCAAAGCUCAGAGGAGGAGCCACCUGCACCUUCUAUUGAGCAAAAUGUACACUCCAGGAAACAUUGGGUGAGUCCUUUCAGUGCAUGCAAAGGGAGAGAGGGAGGAGACAACCAAGAAAGGGGAGGAGGAGAGGAGGGCGAAGUAAAGAAAGAGGGAGGCAGCACUUUUCCCUCUGUAACCCAGGAGUCAGACUGCAGCCAGAUGCCAAGGAGUAGGGCGAGGAGUGAGGAGCAGAGGCCCAGAAAGAACCGUCAGUUCAAUCAGUUCUAUCAAACCAAGAGCGGGGGAAUGAACGAGGAGGAGCCUCACACCGAGUCACAGAGAAAGAAGAUGGAAACAUCAUUAUUACAUGACGUGAACUGUGAUGGAGAAACUGUGGAAGAUCAUUGUGUAGAUGGAAGCUCUGAGUCCAAGAUCAGAAAAGGUGGGUUUUGCAAAGGAACUGAGAAUGUGGGUCAUAAAGCAGGGAAGAAGAGGUUGUUGCUGUUGGACCCCCAAGGUCAGAAUGAGACCCCAAGAGGAGAUGAGCAGCAUGAAGAACAUGGUAUCAAAGACAAUGAGCAGGAUUUCGCUCCCAUUGAUCAUGAAGAGGGGGAGACAUACCCAGGCAGAGCGUCGUAUUCAGGGGCCAGUCCGGCUCUGCCGCGCAGUGAGCCCAGCUCCAUCCUCGAGAAGCUGCUGAGUCGGAGCAGAAAGGAAGCGGCUCCGGGACUCUCCAAGAUCAAAGAAGUUGACUUAUUAGAAGAGAACAGCGUAGAGGCUCUCAACCAGACCAAUGUUUCAGAAGCCAUCAAAUUCAACAAUGCGGAACACAACGUCAAAAUAAAAGAUGUUGUAGUCCAAGGGGAAGUCGAGAUGAGAUCAAGCCUGGAUGUCCAAUGGGAUAGGACCUCACCAGAGGACAUUGAGCCAGGGGCUCCUGAGAGAAGCAGACCACAGGUAGUGGCUGGUGAUCUAGUAUUAAAAUCUCCACCUUUUUCUGAGUUGACCUCUAAGUCUUCAGAGGAACAGCAUGGUGGGCACAUGGUUGGCACCCAUAAGACACAUAAUACUCAUACCACUGGGCUUGACAUCGGAACAGGCCAGUAUCCCUAUGAUAACCCCACUUCUGAUGCCAUUAACGCGCAUAUGUCAGAUAAAGGUGGGGUUAGGAUGAGGCAGAAGAGUGAGAAUCAACAGACACCACACGAUGAAACUAAACAUGCUGCAAUGUCUGCCAGAGACGGUGAUGAUAGUGCUGUUGAGAGUGAUCGAUCUCAGGCUACUCCCAAAUCUAGGCCUGUUUCUGAACUCAUAAAGGAAACAAAUCAACUGCAUGAGAAAUUACAUCAUGAUCGGCCCAAGUCGGCUGAAACCAAGCCAGACGUGGCCUUGGAGCAAGCCUACUCUGUAAAGGUUGCCCAGAUGAAAGCAGCGUUCGACAUCGCUCAGAGAUCCCCUGAUAGAGGACUGGAGAGGAAGCCGUCUGUUCGGAAAGGUAAGAAAGACCAUUAUAAGACAAGUUGUAGUAAGAUACAUAUGAUAGAGUUUAGUUGUGAGAAUAAAAGAGCAGGGGAUGCUUUGUUCUAUUAA